AUGGAGGCCGUUUACUACCACGAUGUCAAGAAAUUUGAAAUCAUUCAAACCCAAAUACCUCAGAUCACCUCCGACCAAAUCCUAAUCAAAGUCUCCUGUUGCGGAAUCUGUGGAACGGAUCACCAUAUAAGUGAAGGAGAGUUUAUCGCUAAAUUUCCUCUUAUACCCGGACAUGAGUUUGUAGGGUCUGUUGUGGAGGUUGGGAGGGAUGUGAAAGGGUUUGAGAAGGGGGACAGUGUGGUUUGUGAUCCUGGGAUUACAUGCGAUACAUGUUUCUUCUGUCGACGAGGCCAAUCGCUUCUUUGUGAAAAUUUUGAAGGAUUGGGGUGUACAGCUCCAGGAGGGUUUGCAGAAUACGUUGCUGUGCAAAGCAAGAAAGCAUUCAAGUUCUACAAUCUCACACAUGAAGAAGCUACCCUUGUCGAACCUGCAGCUUGUGCGGUUCACGGUGUCGAUAAACUAGACCUAGGAGUUGGGAAAGAGGUGUUGAUUUUAGGUGCUGGACCUACCGGUCUAAUCCUCGCACAACUCCUCAAACUCAAUGGAGCAUCCAAAGUAGUCAUCGCCGCAAAUAAAGGAAUCAAAACCCGUAUCGCUCAAGACCUCGGUGCUGCAGACGAAUACAUUGAGAUCGAUAGGAGUGAUCCCGAACCGGCUUGGAAACGAUUGAGAAACGAGUAUCCGUAUGGGUUUGAUGCUGUUAUUGAGGCGACAGGUGCUGAGGAAGUUGCAAAUGACGCUAUUAACUAUGUCAGACGAGGCGGAACGUUGAUGAUUUAUGGAGUGUACGCGAACAGCGACUUGGUUCAUUGGUCACCUAGUAAGAUCUUCGGUGACGAGAUCAAGAUCAUUGGUUCUUUUGCCCAGACUAAUUGCUUCCCUCGGGCCGUUCAAUAUCUGGAUAGUGGGAAGGUAAAAGUGAAGGGUAUGGUGACAGACAGAUUUGCCAUCAAGGAUUAUCAGAAGGCAUUGGAUAAAAUGAAUAGUCGCGGAGCGUUGAAGGUUGUCGUUAAGCCUACGCUGGACUACGAUACUCGGAAGUUGAUUAAUGAACUGGAUGGCAUGUGCGAUGAUACGCUGCAAAACCAGACCACGUCCAGAGACCUAUAG